CCUCUUCCUUCUCCUCCUCCUUCGCCACCAGCUUGCACGAGAGCUUUUGUUUUCCGGCGCCGAGGAGAGAGCUGCUAUGUCCGGAAAGUUCCCAGAGGGAUCGGCUCAGUCCAUGCUGCUUGGGCUCCGCAGGGAUUCCCCGGGCUUUGUCCUUUGUCCGAGGAAUAUGUCUACUUACUGGUCGUUGGACAAGAAUCUGACAUUUAGAGUACUAAAAUUAGAUGGACAGCUGUGGAAGAUGGAAUGCCUCUGUUUCCAGGCGUGUGUUUCCAAGAUGGCCAAAUGGAAUCUGCUGAUCCGUGGUGAAAUGUUUCAAGGACCCUGGUAUCUUGGGCUGAACAUUCUGUCCUUCUGAAUUAAAUCAUGGUCUUCUCGGCGGUGCUGGCAGCUGCCCAUCCUGGGACAGUAAACACAACUUUUGUUAUCUAUGAAAAUGCCUAUGUUAAUUUUACCACAACUCAGUCUGUCCUUCAUGGUGGUAUAGAGUCACCCCUGAGGCAUGGCUCUGAUACCGUGGCCACAACCGAGAUCAGUUCUUUGAAUAGUACAUCAGCCUCUUCAGCGUCAGAAGCUUUUAAGAGCCUAAGCUUGCCUCUGCAGAUCAUUCUUUCUGCCAUAAUGAUUUUUAUUUUGCUGGUUUCUUUUCUUGGGAACUUUGUUGUCUGCCUUAUGGUCUACCAGAAGGCUGCCAUGCGUUCUGCAAUUAACAUCCUUCUUGCCAGCUUGGCUUUUGCAGAUAUGUUGCUCGCAGUGCUGAAUAUGCCCUUUGCCCUGGUGACUAUUCUCACAACUCAGUGGAUUUUUGGGAAAGUCUUCUGCAGGGUGUCUGCUAUGUUUUUCUGGCUCUUUGUUAUUGAAGGAGUUGCCAUCCUGCUAAUUAUCAGCAUUGACAGAUUCCUGAUUAUAGUUCAGAGGCAGGAUAAGCUAAACCCAUACCGUGCCAAGAUGCUCAUUGCUAUUUCUUGGGCCACUUCCUUUUGUGUGGCGUUCCCUUUGGCUGUGGGCAACCCAGAGCUGCAGAUACCUUCCAGAGCUCCUCAGUGUGUGUUUGGCUAUACCACCAACCCUGGCUACCAGGCCUAUGUCAUACUGGUGGUCCUCAUUUCUUUCUUUAUUCCUUUCCUGAUGAUGCUGUAUUCUUUUAUGGGCAUCCUCAAUACUGUGCGGCACAAUGCAGUACGAAUCCAUAGCUAUCCUGAGGGCAUAUGCCUCAGUCAAGCCAGCAAGCUGGGCCUCAUGAGUCUGCAGAGACCUUUCCAGAUGAGCAUCGAUAUGAGCUUUAAGACACGUGCCUUCACUACCAUCUUGAUUCUCUUUGUCGUCUUCAUCAUCUGCUGGGGCCCAUUCACUACCUACAGCCUCGUGGCCACAUUUAACAGCCACUUUUACUACAAGCACAACUUCUUUGAGAUCAGCACCUGGCUACUCUGGCUCUGCUACCUCAAAUCUGCUCUGAACCCACUGAUUUACUACUGGAGAAUCAAGAAAUUUCAUGACGCCUGCCUAGACUUAAUGCCCAAGUCCUUCAAGUUUUUGCCACAGCUCCCAGGCCACACAAAACGACGCAUUCGCCCUAGUGCUGUGUAUGUGUGUGCAGAGCACCGAACAGUAGUGUGAAACAAAAACAAUUGCAUGUUUACACGAGUGGUGGUUUUUUUCCCACCUUCUGACUGAUUUUUUAAAAUAUGGUUUCCUCAUCUUAUACACACCCACACACACGCACACACAC